AUGGACUUCGAGGAGCGGCUGCGGCAGAAUAAUAACCGCUUUCUACUGUCCGUCAGCAGCAUUUUGGAGCGGUAUAACCAACCUUUUGAGGAUGACUUGCUUAUUUCCAUGGAAACCCUCACUUACGAUACAGUUGAUGGACCCAAGCCAUGGGUGGAAGUGUCAACCAAGCAGCUUAAAAAAUGGAAGCGGGAAAUAUUUAAGGAAUCUCCUGAGAUCUCUGCUAUGGAAACAUCUGACAUAGUGAUGUGGGAAGAAACUGAUAAUCUGACAGAUGCAGAAAAUGAUACCAGUGUGGCUCUUGUAAGCAGGAAAUAUGAAGACACUCACUCCCAGAAUCUGUUUGGACAUGAUGGGAAAAUUCCAGAGACAGUAAAAGUGGAUCCAAUAGUGCAAGAUGAUGCUAGAAGAAUUCCUAAGUGGAUGAUGGUAGCACCUCAAGCCUCAUCAAUAGAUCUUCCUUUGGCUUUGCCAGUACAAGAACUGAGUGCAAAUACAAUAACCACACUCAGGCAUCCACGUCAUCCAGAGCUGCAUAAAACCUGCUGUGAUAGCAUCUUAGAAGAUGGCCAGUCUGGAGCUGAGGAAUGCUCCUGGAGCAAUCUCACUCUCACAGAUCUGUAUCCAGUGAUAGUAGAGAUCUUUAGAAAGCGCAUGACAAAGCACUCUCAGAAAAAAGAGUUAAAAUACAUGUUUGGACACUUAAGAUACAAAAGAUGCUGCUCUAGAACAUCAAAGCUCAACGUCAUUGUAAACAAAAGACGAUUCAGACCUUUGAAAAUGAAGCAAGCCCUGCCUAGCAUAUGCAGCAGUAGAAGUGAGAACAUCCAGAAUAAAACUUUUGAAAGUGACAACAGAGAACUUUGUGAUGGCAGUUGUUCCAUUAAUGAUUUCUCUGCUCUGGUAUCUUGUACUGGUACAAAUGGAAACAAAGUGAACUACUGUGACUCAAGUUCAGAACAGCAUUUGGUAUUCAGAAAAAGCCAAAAGGCCUCCCAACAACCUCUUGAUCAUAUAGUUAGAAUGGGAGAGACCUUUCUAGCUGAAGAUAAGUUGCAGACUGCCUCAUUAGAGAAUUCAAAAUGCAAACAAAGUGAAAACUUAGCUUACAAAUGUUCCUCAGAAUGCAAUUUUAUAGCAUCUGCUGCCAGUUCAGGGUCAGCAGUGGUGCAUUUGGUGAACAAGAGUAACACUCAACAUGACUUGCCUUGUGGGGAUACCUCAGAGCUGUGUUCAUCCCCUUACAGUUCCUAUGGCAAUCGUAACACUUCUAAGUGUUUCACAAGCUGUUAUCUUGCAAGAACAUCAAACACUUUGCUCGUAGGCCCCAAAAAAGUAAUUUCCGAAGGAAAAAUUUCUUUCCAGUGCAGAAACUCCUUUUCUUCACUGUCUAUGAAGCAGAGACCUUCAGAAACUGCCCAGAAAUAUGAAGAUGCAUUUGAAAAGCUUUACCAUGAACUGUCUUCCAAAGAAAUCCCAAAACCUUUGAUGUUCACAAGACCUCAUUCAAAUUCACAGAACCCUGAAGAGAAAGGAAGAUUGGUGAAGAGUAAUUUCGGUGUGUCUAUGAAGUCUGAGUCAGAGUUUGAUAGAGCAUUUGACAGGAUCAUGAGCAGUUGUGUAGUGAUCCUAUUCCAAAACUGCCUGGGCUGCAGAGAGUUUUGA